AUGGGGAAGCUUAUCCGCCUCGAACUUUUCAAUUUCAAGUCCUAUAAGGGCCACCAUGUACUUCUCCUAGGCGAUUCAUACUUCACCUCCAUUAUCGGUCCUAAUGGCUCUGGGAAGUCUAAUUCUAUGGAUGCUAUCUCUUUUGUUCUUGGCAUCAAAUCAUCCCACCUUCGUUCAACCCAUCUCCGCGACCUUGUUUACCGUGGCCGAGUUUUGAAGACCUCGAAAAUUAAUGACGACGGAUCCGCUGCCGCACCCGCUAUAAAUGGACACGCGAAUGGCGAUGCAGAGGGCGAUGAUGAGGAGUCGCAGUCGCAGAGGCCUGCCCGCAAUGAUCCGAAAAGCGCUUGGGUUAUGGCGGUGUACGAGGAUGACGCUGGUGAUGAGCAGAAAUGGAAACGCGCCAUCACGAACCAGGGCGCGAGCGAAUAUCGCAUCAAUGACCGCGUUGUUACUGCCCAGCAGUACAACGAGGCCCUAGAAUCGGAAAAUAUCCUCAUUAAAGCCCGGAAUUUCUUGGUCUUCCAGGGCGAUGUUGAGCAGAUUGCCUCGCAGUCGCCAAAGGAUCUCACUCGACUCAUUGAAAUGGUUUCCGGCAGUCUAGAGUAUAAGGCCGAAUACGAGCGGUUGCAGGAAGAGGCAGAACAAGCGGCGGAGAACCAGAAUUACAACCUUCACCGUCGGCGUGGUAUCAACUCGGAGAUAAAGCAAUACCAGGAACAGAAGAAAGAAGCCGAAGCCUUUCAGAACAAGCAAGAUGAGAGAGAUGAUGCUAUUGUCCAACAUAUUCUCUGGAAACUGUAUCAUUUCCAGCGCGUAAUGGAAGAAUCUAGCGCGAGCAUUGAGGAGCACCAGCAAAACUUGAAGGAGUUCCGCCGUGGACUAGAGAAAUAUGAGAAGCAACUAGAGGAGGCUAGGCAAGUAUCAUCCAAGGUGACAAGAGACGUCAGUAAAGUUGAGCGCAGUAUUAAGAACAAGGAAAGGGAUAUUGAAGAGAAGGAGAAUAGCUUGGUACCCAUUGACGAAAAAGUGGAACUCACCACCAACCAAGUUGAGAAGCUCCGCCGGAGACUUGAGGGGCUGUCCAGAGAACGGGAUGAUAAUCAGGCCAAAAUCCAGGAUUCCAAGAAACAGCUCGGUAUUGUGGAGAAAGCGCAGAAACAAUUCCAGGCCCAGUGGGAGGAAACAUUGAAGAAGCAGGGCAGGCAGCUCAGCGAAGCUGAUCUGAAGGAAUAUAAUGUUCUCAGAUCUCAAGUCGUUGCAAAGACCUCCAGCAACCAGUCCAAGUUGGACAAUCUCGUACGCCAAAUGAAGACCGACGAGGUCACGUUCAAUAGUUUGAAAGGAAAAGUGGAGUCAUUUGAAGUUUCAGUUCAAAAGCUACAAGGCGAAGUGAAGUCCAUCGAAGAGCGAAAGGAGGCUACCAGGGCGACCGUGAAAGAAAUUACGAAGGAUAUUGACACAAAGAAGAGAGAAUUCAACAACAUUCAAUCCGAACGUGUCCGCGUAAAUCAACUGCGUACAGAACUCGAUGAAAAGCUUCAAGAGAUUUUGAAGGCGCUCCAUGAGGCCGAUGCUGGUAUGAGACAGAACGACAAGGAAGCACGAACACGGGAGAUGGUCAUAUCCUUGAAGCGCAUAUUUCCUGGCGUUCGGGGCCGUAUCGGAGAGCUUUGCAAGCCAAAGCAAAAGAAAUUCGACGAAGCUGUCAUUACGGCGCUUGGGCGAGACUUCGACUCGGUCAUUGUGGAUACAGAGAAAACCGGCACAGAAUGUGUUCAGUACCUAAAGGACCAGCGCUUCUCGCCAAUGACUUUCAUUCCCCUCGAUAAUAUCAAGGUUUCAGCCGUGGACUCGAGUUUGAAAAGCUUAUCUAAGGCCCGCCUGACUAUUGACACUAUCGAUUUCGAUUCAUCCCUUGAACGUGCCAUGGCUUAUGCUUGUGGAAGCUCGAUUGUUUGUGAUGAUCUACCAACUGCCAAACAGAUUUGCUACAAGAAAGGCAUCCAAGUCAAAGCUGUCACUCUGGAGGGCUUCGUGAUUCAUAAGGCCGGUUUGAUGACGGGUGGUCGGGGUCCAGAAAGGGGUAAUAAGCGCAAAUUUGAAGAUCAAGACGUUGAAAUUCUUAGGAAGCAACAGCAGAAACUACGAGACCAAAUUGAAGCGUUGCCUAAUGUCGGCCGCAGGGGCGCGGCUGAGGAGAUUUUGCAGAACGACCUUACGGGGCUCGAGCAACGCCUAUCGUACGCAAAGGGCGAAUUAGCAGCUUUUGAGCAAAACCUGGCUAGCAGGAAGAAAGAGUUGAGCCACGAGAAGCGUCAGCUAGCUGAGAUGAAGCCUAAGCACAAGGAGAAGGAAACCGAGCUUGCCCGAAUCCAGGAAACUGUUCAGAAGUUUCAGGACGCUGUUUCGAAGGUUGAAGAUGACAUAUUCUCCAAAUUCUGCCAGCGACUGGGUUACUCUGACAUUCGAAGUUAUGAAGCACAACAAGGUAGUCUGGAGCAAGAAGCGGCUGAGAAGAAGAAUGCCUUCGAGGUUCAGAAAAAGAGACUGGAGCAGAAUCUUAAUUGGGAGAUGGCCAAAUUUCAGGAUAUAGAUACUCGGGUGAAGAAGAUGGAGGCACAGAUUGGCAGCUUCGAGGAAGACAUACAAACGUACACCGCCGAGAAGACUGACCUCGAAGAUGCGAUUGAUGUGGAUAGAGCCCAGGUUACCGAGUUAGAAGACGACCUCCACAAGCAAAAGGAGAGGCUGGCUGCGAAAAAUGAAAAGGUAAAUCAGGCCCGAGCGGAGGUCCAGAGACGCACCAAAGAGAUCGAUAAUCGUACCAAAGCUAUUACGGCCUUGGAGACUGAGGUGCAGCGGAACAGUGCAGGUAGAUAUGCCCUGUUGCGACGUUGCAAGCUUGAGCAGAUUACCAUCCCCUUAACGGAACAGUCACGGAGGCUUGACACCCUCCCUGUUGAAGAGAACAUUCUGCAGACGGAUCCUGAUGCAAUGGAUGUUGAUGAAUAUGAGGAUGAUGAAGCUCCCCAAGAUAUGGCGAAGGACUACGGAAUUGAUGUCCAGUUUGAAAGUCUUGACGAGGAGCUCAAAACGCCUGAUGAUGACACCGUCGAAGAGCAGCUGUUACAGAAGAUAACAGACUUGAACUCGGAGCUUGAAAAACUCAACCCAAACAUGCGCGCUAUUGAUCGCCUGGAUGGCGUUGAGGCUCGUCUCAAAUCCACAGAGAAAGAUUUCGAGGAUGCUCGACGCGCGGCCAAACAAUCCCGCGAUGCCUUCAACGAUGUCAAAGAAAGGCGUUUUGAACUAUUCAACAAGGCAUUCUCGCACAUCUCAGAGCAGAUCUCCCACGUCUACAAGGAUCUCACACGCUCUGCCGCAUACCCUCUUGGCGGCCAAGCCUAUCUUGACACCGAGGACGGCGAUGCACCGUAUCUUUCUGGCAUCAAGUACCAUGCCAUGCCUCCUCUAAAGCGUUUCCGCGACAUGGAACAUCUCUCUGGUGGCGAGAAGACUAUGGCUGCUCUUGCUCUUCUAUUUGCUGUCCAUUCAUACCAACCUAGUCCUUUCUUCGUGCUGGACGAAGUUGAUGCCGCGCUUGACAAUGCCAAUGUGGAGAAGAUCAGGAAUUACAUCCGUGAGCAUGCAGGGCCUGGGAUGCAGUUCAUCGUCAUUAGUUUGAAGACGGGGUUGUUCCAAGGGAGUGAGAGUUUAGUCGGUGUGUUUAGGGACCAGGAGGCGAAUAGCUCCAAAACUUUAACACUUGAUUUGCGGAAAUACGUAUGA